AAUUUAUAUCAUUCACAGCGAGAGAAUAGUGCCUAAAGCGUGUGUUUACUGUUGCCGUGAAAUGUGAUCUUAAUAUUGUUAAUAUCUUACCCGGUUGACCUUAUCGUAUUGUCGCACUUUGCGAUUUUUUGUUUCAAGAUUUUAUCAGUCUUUAUCACAGUUGGAUUCACAAGUUUGUUAAAAGUAGAAGGGUGUAAAUCUAAAAUGGUUUUAUUAACUUCUGGUAAACUUAUUCUUUUAAAAUGGAAUUCAUUUUCUCCUACAACAAUUUCAAUAGGAAAGAUAUUAUCAAGUGCCACAUAUAGCACUGUAAAUAAAUCGAAUAAAAUAUACAAAGAUGUAAAUGAAGCUGUGAUGGAUAUAAAGGAUGGAUCGAAACUUCUAGUAGGGGGCUUUGGUUUAUGUGGAAUACCAGAAAAUCUCAUAAUGGCUGUAAAUAGGAAAUCUAUUUCUGGACUCACAGUUGUCUCAAAUAAUGCAGGAGUAGAAGAUUUUGGUUUGGGUAUCUUACUCAAGAAAAAACAGAUAAAAAGAAUGAUAUCAUCAUAUGUAGGAGAAAAUGCUGAAUUUGAAAGACAGUUUUUGAAUGGGGAGCUAGAAGUAGAGCUUACACCACAAGGAACCCUGGCUGAAAGAAUAAGAGCUGGUGGUGCAGGAAUACCUGCAUUCUAUACACCAACUGGAUAUGGAACAUUAAUUCAUGAAGGUGGAGCACCAAUUAAAUAUACUAAAAAUGGAAAGAUAGACAUAGCAAGUGCUCCUCGAAAUGUACAACAAUUUAAUGGCCUUAACUACAUCAUGGAAGAGGCAAUCACUGGUGACUUUGCAUUAGUCAAAGCUUGGAAAGCUGAUAGACACGGCAAUCUGAUAUUCCGAAAGAGUGCACGAAAUUUCAAUCCAGCUAUUUGCAAGGCUGCAAGAGUUACUAUAGCUGAAGUAGAAGAGAUAGUCGAUGAAAUUGACCCAGACGUUGUCCAUGUACCAUCAAUAUAUGUCCAAAGGAUAAUUUUGGGUGACAAAUUUGAAAAACGUAUUGAAAGAAGAACAGUAACGAAACCAAAAGAACAGAAAGAGAAGAAAUCUUCAGAUCUCAUGAGGGAAAGAAUAAUAAGAAGAGCUGCUUUGGAAUUUAAAGAUGGAAUGCAUGCUAAUCUAGGAAUUGGCAUGCCGAUGUUAGCCAGUAACUAUAUUCCGAAGAAUGUUAAAGUUUUAUUGCAAUCGGAGAAUGGAAUUCUUGGUCUCGGACCUUUUCCCACUGAAGAUCAAGUGGACCCUGACCUUAUAAAUGCUGGAAAAGAAACUGUUACAGUUCUCCCUGGUGCUUCUUAUUUCUCAUCCGAUGAUAGUUUCGCUAUGAUCCGAGGGGGGCACAUUGAUUUAACGAUUCUUGGUGCUAUGCAAGUUUCUCAGUACGGAGAUCUAGCGAAUUGGAUGAUUCCAGGUAAAAUGGUUAAAGGUAUGGGAGGUGCAAUGGACCUAGUGUCGGCGCCAAGGACUAAAGUUGUUGUGACUAUGGAGCAUGCUGCUAAGAAUGGUGCCCAUAAAAUUCUAUCAGAGUGUAAUCUACCUCUCACUGGCAAGAAUUGUGUGGACAUGAUCAUCACAGAAAAGUGUGUAUUCGAAGUGGACAAAGAAAAAGGUCUCAUGCUGACUGAAUUAGCUGAAGGUGUCAAAGUCGAAGAUAUACUCGUUAGCACAGGUUGUGAAUUCAAUGUCGCUCCAAAUGUGAAAAAAAUGGGUGACAUUACACAAAUUGAAGCUACAAACGAAUAAAUUGUUUAUAUGCAGAGCAUAAAUUAUACACUGUUAUCAAGGUCGUCAAAGUUAACAGAUUUACUUAUAUGAAACAAAUUGUAGACUAAGAAUACUAUAUUUUUUUAUGAAAUAUUAAAUAACUAUUUUAAUGUUAUUUUAACAAUAAUUAUGUGUUCUUUAUAAUCUAAGGAAUUUAGUUGUUAUU